AUGACUACAACAGUACCCAAAGAAGAUAAUGUUGAGCCUCAGAUCCUAUCUGGCGACGAUGAAAAGGCCAUCUCUUCCUCGAACACGCCAACUUUACACGAAGCUACCCAAGAAGAAAUACAGACGAAGCCAGAGGUCGAACUCCCAACAGAGGAAGAAGAGACUCAAUGGGUGACAGGAUGGAAGCUCAUGAGCUUGAUGAUUUCUCUUACGCUUGCUGCCUUCCUGAUGCUGCUGGAUAUGUCAAUCAUCGCUACAGCUAUACCUCGCAUUACCUCGGACUUUCACUCUCUGCAUGACAUAGGAUGGUAUGCUAGUGCAUACAAUCUUGCUAGGCAAAUUUGGACAUUCUUAUCCUUGUUCUUUGUCUUUGAGCUUGGCAAUCUGAUAUGUGGUGUUGCUCAGUCGUCUACGAUGCUUAUCGUUGGCCGAGCAAUCUCUGGCAUUGGCUCGUCUGGUAUUCAGAAUGGCGCCCUAACAAUCGUCGCGUCGGCGGUUCCCAUUCAUAAGCGUCCAUCUCUUGUAGGCAUCAUCAUGGGAUUUGCGCAGUUGGGAAUUGUCACCGGCCCCUUAGUAGGAGGCGCUUUCACCCAGUAUACUACUUGGCGAUGGUGCUUCUACAUCAACCUACCAAUCGGCGCCGUUUGCGCUGUUCUGAUUCUCCUCGUCCAAGUUCCGAAUCAUCGCGCUCCUACAGAUGAAACCAUCACGCAGCUCCUGAAGGCCAAGUUCGAUUUCACAGGCCUUGCCAUGUUCAGUCCAAGUGUAGUCAUGAUACUUCUCGCACUUCAAUGGGGCGGUGUCGAAUACGCUUGGAACUCGGCUACAAUCAUCGGUCUCUUUUGUGGUGGCGGUGUUCUUUUCGUGAUAUUCAUCUUCUGGGAGCAUCAUGUUGGCACAGAUGCAAUGAUUCCAAUGCCCAUUGUGCGCACAAGACAGGUUUGGACCUCAAUGUUAACGCAACUGUUCUUGUUCGCGACUGUCAUGGUGGCGUCCUUUUAUCUGCCCAUCUACUUCCAGUCCGCCAAAGAUGCAUCGCCAUUCACAAGUGGUGUUAACUUGCUUCCCAGCAUUCUCAUGCUGAUCGUGGCUGCUGUCACAAGCGGCGCCCUAGUUCAGAAACUUGGCUAUUAUUUACCGUUCGCAACAGCCAGUGCAGCUUUCUCGGCCAUUGGUUUCGGUCUCUUAUCAACCAUGGGUCCUUACACUUCUACAGCCAAAUGGGCAGGCUACCAAAUCUUGAUAGGUUUCGGACGAGGACUUGGUCUUCAGAUGCCCAUCAUCGCUGUCCAGGCCAACACGAAACCCGAAGUGACCCCUAUCGCGAUGUCGAUCCUCACCUUUUCCCAAACCUUUGGGGGUGCCAUUUUUGUUUGCGCUGCCAACGUUAUUUUCACCCAUGAGCUCCGUCAAGAACUCGUAGCGAGACUUCCCAACAUUGAUCCCGAUAUUGUCAUCAACGCUGGAGCUGGAGCUGUAAGCGAGGUCGCUGAUGAAGCAAGUUUGCCGGGUGUUCUAUGGUCAUACUCUGAAGGCACACGUGCAACAUUCUUGCUUUGUGUUGCUUCGGCGUGUGUUAUGUUUUUCACGUCGUUUGGUAUGGGUUGGAAGGAUAUCAGGAAGAAGCCUGUAGCUAAGGUCGGCGAAGCCUAG